AUGUAUCCCGUCGACCUCCUCAACCGCCGCAAUGAGAGUUUUGUUCUCUGGGUGCCGGGCUCUAGCUCUGCGGCCAACGCUCCCAAGCUCAUCAUUGGCAAUGUAAUGGAGAGUAGCGGCUCCAAGACCUUUUCCCAGAUCGCCCGACUUCCUCUCGUCCCCUCCCCCGACAAGAGCGGCCUUUGGCUCCUCGGCCCCGAGUCUGUAUCGCCCCCGCUAGCAGACGGCGUCUACCACUACUGGUUCGAAGUCGACGACACCUCCCCUGAGAGCCGUGGCACCCUUUUGGUCUCUGAUCCCUUCGCAUUCGCCGUCGACUACGGCGUGGCCAACACCGCGGAGCCCAGUGUGCCGCCGCAACCCGCCUCUGUCGUCAGGCUCCGCGACGGCAAGCUCUGGCCCUGCGACGUCGACGGCGCCGAUCCUCCACUCCCUGCCGUUCCGAGCCUGGCCGCUCUUCCAAGCAACAACCACCUGGUCAUCUACGAACUCCCAACCUCCUGGGCCAAGAUUGGCAACGACAAUCGCGGCGUCGAUGUAGACGUUGGGACCUUUGCCGACGUCCUGGCCCUGUUCAAAGCUGACGCCCCAGGCGACCACUUUUCGGCCGUAGCUGCCGUUCAUGAGGAAGCCAUCCUUGCCAACCUCGGCGUAAACGCCCUGGAGCUGCUUCCCGCCGCAGACUCCAAGACGCAAGACGAAUGGGGCUAUGCCACGGCACACUAUUUUGCUCCAGACUACAACCUGGGAACCGCCUCAGACCUAGUCCGCCUCGUCGAUGCCGUCCACAGCCAGAACACGCGCUUCUUCACCGACGUGGUCAUGGCCUUUGGCCACGACUCGUACGGCUCUAUCGACUUUCCCGACUUCCACAUCCGCCCGACCUUGGAGACCAGCAACCCGGACAGCUACCAGUCGCAUGCCAGCGGCGUCUUGCGAGACGGAUAUGGCGGUGACUCGUGGCGCUACCUCCGGACCGUGCAGUCUUACGACCCCGAGUCCGGCGCUGGCACCGCUGGCGUCCACCCGUCUUGGGCCUUUCACCGCUCUCACCUCGCCCGGUGGAUGGCCGACUUUGGGGUCGACGGGCUACGCCUCGACAGCGUCAACAACAUUGGCAAUUGGGAUUUUGUUCGCUCGUACAAGGAGCGCGCCUGGGAGCUCUACAAUGCGCGGUACGGCGGUUCUCUGGGCCCCGCCGGCACUGACCCGAGCAAAUUCCUCGUCAUCGGCGAGGAGCUGUCGAUGCCCAUCUCGAUGGUGCAGCAGGGCGUGCUCGACGCGCUAUGGAACGAGCCGUGGCAGGGCAGGCUGCGCGCGGCUCUGUUGGGCGAGGUGGCGAACGACGUAGACUUCACGUCGACGGUCCGGAAGCUCGUCGACUGCCGGCUCGACGGUGAGCUUGACGGCGGUACCCGCUUCGCCGACGGCGCCCAGGCCAUCAACUACAUCACGUCGCACGAUAUUGAGGGCUUCCGUAAGGAGCGCCUGUACAACUUCCUGUCGAGCAACGGCGUCUGGGACGUCGAGCGGCGCGCCAAGCUGGCCUUUGCGCUGCUGCUCACCAGCGUCGGCAUCCCCAUGAUCUUCGCGGGCGAGGAGUUCGCCGACCAGAUGGACCGCAGCGUCGACAUGACUAAGAAGCAGACGGACCCGGUCAACUACUCGCGCAAGAACGACGGCGGCUGGCGCCAGGCCCUCUUCGACUACGUCGCGAACCUGGUCAGGUUCCGCACGGCGUGCCCGGCGCUGGGCGAGAACGAGACCGACUUCUUCCACGUCGACGCCAGCCGCGGCGGCAAGAUCAUGGCGUGGCGCCGGGGUCAAGCAUCGGGGACCACGAGCACGCACGUCGUGGUGGUGGCCAACUUUAGUGACGAGCAGACCCCCGGCUCGCAGUACGUGGUGCCGAACUGGCCCGGAAGGGACUUGCCCGGCUGGAGAGAGGUGUCGCAGCGUAGAGACGUGCCGGCCGACUGGGUGGGCCGCGAGCCCCUGGUGCCGUGGGAGGCCAAGAUAUAUACACGCUGGAGGGAGGUUGGGGCGUGA